AUGAAGAAAUAAUUGAGAAUAACUUCUGCGCCUAUUGGAGUGGAAGCAAAACCAACUGAGCAAGAGAAGAAAGUUACUCUUGAGUCUUCUUUCUUCUAAAAACUAAAAGAAGAAUUAAAGAAGUACGAAUACGUUACCAGUAACGAGUACUUCUAAAAAAAUUUUGAUGUAGAAAAAAUGAAAACACUCAGUAAGGCUUGGGACAUGUAUAGAAAAUUGAAAGCUAAAGCUCACGAAGUAGUCUAAGAAGGAUUUGAAUUAUAUAAGAAUUGUGAAAAGAAAGAAAAAGAUGAUAAAUUAGAAACAGUCAUUGAUACUUACAAUAAGAUUAAAGAAAAAGAAAAGCUACAAGAAAAAGACUAAAAAACCUCUACUUCAUCAAAGAUAGAGCCUCAAAUAGUAUGGAGAAACGAGAAGAAAGAUGACAAAUACGAUCACAAGCAGAUCGGUGAAAUCUAUGUUAUUUUGUUCUUUGGUUUACAGUUAAGAUCUCUAUGUGACUUUUUAUAUACGAACCUUAACCCACAAAAAACAGAAACAUCAAAAGAAGAAGAUGUCUUAUCAAAAUAAAGACAUGAAUACUUCAACCAAACAAUUCCUAAUUUCAUCUAAAAAACGAAACAGAAAAUUUACUAUCAAGACUUACCAAAUAAAGAUAGAAAAUUAGUAGAUAGAAUUUCACUUGGAUAUUAAGCCAAAUCCGAUUGA